UGGUCUUCGCAUUCUAUUCUCCGAGUUUACGACUACUGACUAGCUUUACUUAAAAAUAUUUCGUAGUGUCCACGCUCCGAUAACUUGUUCUUCACCUUUCGCCAACGGCUAGUUCACGUUUCGUGUCCAACAGACUUAAGUAAGUAUGUUUUUUUAUAACCAUUACGUUUUAAUGUUUUUUAAAUCACCCGUUGUCGUUCCGGACUUUCCGUCUCACCCAAACGCUUCUGAAAUCUGUCGAUGCGUCGAACCCGAAUACCACGUGUGAAUGAUUACAUCCUUGUCGGGUUAUGUCGAAUGCGUUACGUGGCUGCAUACCUGUUAGCUUCCUUCAGCGGAAAAGAACCAUCCAAUGAUGAAAUCGAAAAAAUCCUAAGUUCUGUCGGUAUUGAAUCUGAUUCUUCUAAAGUUAAUCUCAUUAUCAAAGAACUGAAGGGCAAGAAUGUUGAUGAAGUUAUUGAAAGUGGCAGGUCUAAAUUGGCCAGCGUGCCAACUGGUGCCGCUGUAGCAGCGCCUGCUGGAGCUGCAGCACCAGCAGCUUCUGAAGAAAAAGCUACCAAAAAAGAGGAAAAGAAAGAAGAAUCCGAUAAUGAAUCUGAUGAUGAUAUGGGCUUCGGACUAUUCAAUUAAGAUAUUAAUUUGUUUCCUAGCUAUUUGUUGUACUUCAGAAAGUGAUGGUUAAAUAAAUCAAUUAUUUUAAUUGUAUGUUUGAAUUUUUUUUUUCCAUUAUUCAAUACUUCAUCUUAAAAUGUUUUCCACGGUUAUCCUGGUAAGGUAAUUCCAACCAAUGUGUUUUAGCAUAACUUAGGUGUAACUAUAGUUACAUGCGAAACCUAAACUUGGAUCAUUUGGAAUUUUAAGCCAGUGAAAUAAAUAAACAACAACACUUACUAUUACCAAUGUAUCAUAUCAAUAAAUAAUAUUUGAAUAGA